AUGUGGACUCGAUCUUGUAUCCGUUGCACUUUUUUUUGCAGCAGUUACCGGAAAAUGGGUCUUUUUCCCCGGCGGAAUGAUGCAUGCCGCCCCGCAUUACGUGCGGCCUUGUGCUGCUCUACACGACUAAACUCGUCACGUACAGCAUACGACAACAAUAAUGCUGCUGGGGAGGCUGCUUACAUGGCGGGAAACACGGUGCACGUUGAGCACCCGAUUGUGCAGCUACCUGCGCGUUCUUUGUGGUGCAAGCAGUAUCCGCUAGAUCCUGAGCAGGUACGUAGUGGUGGGUUUGCGGAAAUGAUUGAGCGGGUACGAGCAGCUCGACAAUAUUAUCAGUACCCGUCUCUUUGCGCCCCACAGAUUGGGUGGAACGUUCAGAUGUUUACUCUUUUUGACGGCAGCGUCUUCAUCAACCCUGUCAAUUUGGAUCUACUGGAAUUGGAGGCGGCAGGAAGUCGUAGCGGGAUGCCGAUUGCCGAAGCGGAGGCGCAGUGGGUGGCGAGCUGCCGUCGUGAAGGAAAGACAUGUUUUGCGUGGGAGCCCUGUGCGAGCUGUUGCUUCCUUAUGCAUUACAUUGAGCGACCGGCAACCGUGCGGAUACGAGCCAUUGGAGCAGACGGACAUCCGUUUGAAGUGACGCUUGAGAAGAUGAGGGCACGUAUGGCGCUGCACGAACUGGACCACCUUGGCGGCGUUCUCUUUACACGCCGCAUUCCCGAUACGAAUCAUGUGGUCCCUCUGGAGGGAUUCAGCACAAUGAGCGAGUGGUCAGAUGACUACCCGUCGCUGGAGGCGCGCAGCACGUAUCUUUACACCACCUACACCCCGCCGUACACCUUUACCACAGACAACGUUGAGGAUGCGCAGUUACUCGAUCGAAAAUUUGAGGACGGCAUCUAUCCGGGAUGUGAACACGAUCGCCGCAUGCGGAUCGAGAGUGCCGCACUCGAGGAACUGCAACGGGCACAGUGGAGAAUGGAGAAGGCUUGCAGCGAGGAGGGCGAUUCCACGCAAUGCAUGCGUGACACCGACGAUGAACAGCAGCACGAGGACGAAGAAACUGAAGAAGAUGUUACUGCACAGAAGGGCACGUUGUAG